UAUGGUUAUCAUUUUUUAAUUUUGCAUAGUGAUUUUGAACCUGAGUGGCUGGACAGUGUGCAAAAAAGUGGUGAGCUGUUUUAUUUGGAAUUGAGUGAAGAUGAAGAAGAAAGCAUUUUUCCUGAGACAUCGACUGUGAACCAUGUCAGAUUCAGUGAAAAUGAGAUAAUCAUUGAGGAAGAUAAUUACAAGGAAAGAAAAAAGUAUCAACCCAAACUCCAACAGUUUACUAAAAUUUUAAAAGGUAAAAGACUUUUACCCAAGUGCUACAAUAAAAAAAAUAGCAAUGAUAAUGGGCCGGUAUCCAUUCUAAAGCAUCAGUCCCAUCAGAAGGCAGGUAUCAUUGUCCAACAGAUGCAUAAAGAUGUGAAUAUUUAUGUAAAUCCCCAAAAAUUAACUGUCAGCAAAGCCAAAGAGCAGCUUAAACUUCUGGAAGUACUGUUUGGAAUUAUCCAUCAGAACAAGUGGAGUUGGAGAAGAAUUGGAAAGCAGGGCAGUGGAGAGAGGCUUGUGGUCCACGGCCUGCUGCCUGGAGGGUCUGCUAUGAAGAGUGGCCAGGUGUUAAUUGGUGAUGUCCUUGUUGCUGUGAAUGAUGUUGCUGUGACCUCAGAAAACAUAGAGAGAGUUCUGUCUUGUAUUCCUGGACCCAUGCAGGUGAAACUGACAUUUGAAAAUGCAUAUGCUGUGAAAAAGGAAACUAUCCAACCAAGAAAGAAAAAGACACAGACAAACACAAGUGAUUUAGUGAAGCUCUUCUGGGGAGAGGAGGUUGACAGCAUCCAGACUCCUCCACAUUCUCCACACAUCAUCAUGUAUCUCACACUGCAUCUUGACUCGGAAACCUCAAAGGAAGAGCAGGAAAUUCUGUAUCAUUAUCCAAAGUCUGAAGCAUCUCAGAAACUAAAAAAUGUGAGAGGGAUUUUUCUCACACUCUGUGACAUGCUGGAAAAUGUAACCGGGACACAAGUUACCAGUUCAUCCCUCCUUUUAAAUGGGAAGCAAAUUCAUAUAGCUUACUUGAAAGAAUUUGACAAGUUGUUGUUAAUUGGCCUACCUGCUGAAGAAGUUCCUCUUCCCCAACUAAGGAAUAUGAUAGAAGAUGUUUCCCAAACCUUAAAAUUUAUGUAUGCUUCUUUAGAUGGCGCCUUUUGCCAGGUUGAGAACAUACCUUGUUUGGAUCAUUUUUUCUACUUGUUCUUUCAAAGAGCACUUCAGCAGGCUAAGCUACAUUCCAGUGUCUAUCCCAGUGCUCAACAGUAUGAUGUUUCUAGUUCAGUACUUCUAGACAACCUCCCUGGAGUUCAGUGGCUCGUACUUCCACAGGAAAUCAAGAUGGAAUUAGACACAGCAUUAAGUGACCUGGAGGCUGCAGACUUUUCAGAACUGUCUGAAGAUUACUAUGACAUGAGACGGCUAUAUACAAUUUUGGGGGCUUCUCUAUUUUAUAAGGGUUAUUUGAUAUGCAGUCAUUUGCCUAAGGAUGAUCUUAUUGAUAUUGCUAUCUACUGUCGCCACUAUUAUCUACUGCCUUUAGCAGCAAGACAAAGAAUAGGUCAGUUGAUAAUAUGGAAAGAAGUAUUUCCUCGACAUCACCUCCAACAUUCCACAGACUCAAAUUUUGAAGUCUUUCAAGAACCUGAAGGGAGAUAUUUUUUACUAAUUGUUGGACUGAAACAUUAUAUGUUAUGUGUACUAUUAGAAGCUGGAGGCUGCUCAUCCAAAGCUAAUGGAAAUCCUGGUCCAGACUGUAUAUAUAUAGAUCAAGCCAAAACAACUCUUCAACAGCUGGAAGGAGUAGAUUCUUAUAUAAAUGAACAGCUUAAAUCUUCUUCAAACACCUGUUUGUCUUGUGCUGACUGGUUCCUUGCUGGACCACAUGAAAAAGUAGAUAGUUUGACUACUUCUCCUGUCCUCAGUAGGCUGCAAAGUACUUCUAAAACAGCAGCUUCUCCAACGUGCAGAAGAACACUUUUUGGUGACUCUUCCUUAAAGACACGGAAGCCCAGUCCUUCCCGAAGCAGUGGAGGAUCUGACCAUGGUUGUGAAGGUGAAGAAGGUGUUAGUACAAAUCUGCAUACUACACCCGAUGUGGUAUGGAAGCAAAGAGAAUCUCAGGGCUCUGGUGGUUCUGAAGAAAGUGGAGCCUUGCUUAAGAUCACUAAAAAGAAGUCUACUUUCCCAAAUCCAUUUCAUUUGGGAAAUUUGAAAAAGGACCUUUCAGAAAAAGAAUUGGAAAUAUAUAAUACAAUGAAACUGACAUCUGGGCCUGAGAAUACUCUUUUCCACUACCUUGCCUUGGAAACAGUGCAAGGAAUUUUCAUCACUCCCACCCAUGAGGAAGUAGCUCAGCUAAGCGGCUCUGUCCACCCUCAGCUAAUAAAGAAUUUUCAUCAGUGUUGUCUCUCUAUCCGUGCAGUUUUUCAACAGACACUGGUGAAAGAGAAAAAGAAGGCACUAAACAGUGAAGAUCAUUCACAUUCUACAAAUUCUACAGUAUCUUCUCUUAGCCCUGUGAAAGAAUAUGGUGUGUUGUUUGAAUGCUCUCCUGAAAAUUGGACUGAUCAGAAAAAAACACCACCAGUUAUGACUUACUGGGUAGUAGGGAGACUUUUUCUUGUUUUAGUUCGGUUUUGUGGUGUCAAAGAAUCAUGA